CUUGUGGCUCAAACUUUUCCAGACACUGAAAAAGAAAAUUGAAAUGUUAAAAAACCCAAAAAAAAAAGAAAAAAGAAAAAAAAAAACCGUCCGUUGCCUGGUUCAUUCUUUCAGCUUCUGAAUUUGCCCAGGACCCAACCCGGUUCCUCCUCUUCAGUUCUUCAAUCGACCGAUUUAGUCUUUCCGACUUCUUCUUCUAGUCUACGAGCCGGUCGUCUUCUCUAUUGAGCUCCCUAGAAGAAGAGCUUGUUCCGUAGAUUGAUUUAGCAGUGGAUACAAGUAUUACCUACGCCGACGGGAGAAGUAAAGUUAAGUUAAUUAGGUGGUUUAGGGCGGAAGUUACAGCCAAAGGUGAUGAUGAGUGGAGGUUGAGAGGUUGUUGAUGGAGGCGGAAGUUACAGCCAAAGGUUCUAUUCAUAUCAUUUCCGGAGGUUUGGGCAUCAUGCGGUUCGUUUUGGUGAGGACUCUGGAUAAGGAACCUUCUUCUUGCUGUCCCCUCUCAAUCUGAUGGUUGGAUUCUUCUGAUUUAAACCUAAUUAUAUUACCCAAUCAAAGAGGGACAAAAGUAAAAACUAAUUGCAGAUAUGUUCUGUUUUCAACCCCUGUUGUUUUCCACAGACUAGUACUAAUAGUAGUAGUAGUAUUAGUAGCUCACUUGCUGUGUGGUUAGAUUGUACUGGUAGUAUCAAAGAUCUCUCCUUUUUUCUUUUUUUUUUUAAAUUUUGGAUUUUAAUAAUUGAAAUUGAACUGAAUGCUAGUAUUACAAGUGAUUUCGUCAUAUUUGCAGUACUAGUAUUCCAUUUCCAGGUAGCAUCCACCACCAGAGGCAUUACCACAAGUAGAAAGACGGCUCAGAUUUUCAACCUUUUUUAUAAAGCAGAUGAAAGAACGCUCAUUUGCUAUCAUCCCUUAGAGCACCUGAUACAUGGACACUUACUACUCCGGAGGAGAGGAAGUCAUUAUUAAAGUAAGAUCUGACUUUCCAUUCCCUUUCAUGACCACUGAACUCAGUGUGACUGCCUACGUACUGUACCCUUGCAAGAGUGGGGGAAGAAACCUCUAUUAUUAUGUCAACCAUAUACAGUAUAACUAAUUAAAAUGCCUAGCAUGUUUUGUUGGUUCCGGCCAGACGAGGAAACCAUAUACCAUAACUAAGCAACGUGAGCGAUGGACUGAGGAGGAACAUAAUAGGUUCCUAGAGGCCUUAAAACUCUAUGGACGUGCUUGGCAGCGGAUUGAAGGUUAUCAUUUUCCGCAUUCUCUCUGUGGUUUUUUCCGCUUAAGAUACGCCUGUUUGGUAGAAUACCUCUUUGUAGUUUUGUGAGUUCGCCAUUUAUUGAUCUAGUAUAAAUGUACUGCUGCUGCUCCUUAUUUUAUUGUUUGUUUGAAUUUGUAAACUGUUUUUUCUGCAGAACACAUAGGAACAAAAACUGCCGUGCAGAUCCGAAGCCAUGCACAAAAAUUCUUUACGAAGGUCAAGCACUACAUUCUUUUUCUUGCUUGAACUGAGUUGUCGAAACAUUAAUUUGAUUGAAAAGUUCCUUGUUGGCUUUUGAUAGAAGUUUGAUCGUUUUGAAAUUGUGGUUAAUUUUCACAACAAUCAUCUUAGGUCAUUUAGGAGUUUAGCUUGACUUACCUUUGGAGUGGUAGUUGAAGAACUAUAUGCUUUUCCUCUAGUUCAGCUUGACUUUAAUUAUCUGACCGGCACUUGCCCAGGCCGAUCUCCUGUGUUUGAGUAAUCUGAGAUUGAGAAUGAUGCUCGAGGCUCUGAAGUUUAUUCUUUAUUAAUAAAUGUUAAACUUGGAAUUACAAUUUGGUCGAAGUUAUUCCUUGACAGGAAUGUUUGUGAUGAAAACAAUGCCAGUGUGCUAAUCACUGUGCUUCUAAAAUUUAAUAUCAACCUGACAAACUAGCAUGUUAAUUGAAACAUGUCUUCCAUCCGGUUUAAUUCUGUCUCUUUCAAAAUGUGGCCACUCGGACCGUUAUGCGUCAAUACUUUUGCUUUCACACAUAAGAACACCAUUAAAUGUUGCUUUAUAAUCUUAUGUAGCUGGAAAAGGAAGCUCUUCUAAAAGGAAUUCCAAUGGGACAAGCUCUUGACAUUGAAAUUCCACCUCCACGACCUAAAAGGAAGCCAAGUAAUCCCUAUCCUCGGAAGACCAUUAAUUCUUCUGUAGUCCACAUGGAAUUAAAGGAUGGGAAACCAAUGCAUCCAACUUCUUUUAGGCACCAAGCUGAACAAAUGAUAGAUUUGGAGAAAGAACCACUUCCCGAGAAAGUGGGGGAUCAGAGCAUUGGAAAUGGAGAAGAAAAUCCAGCUGGGGAUAAACUUCCUGGAAAAGAUUUAGCCAUACAAGGGUCCCCUGAUACCUCAUCUUCAGUAAAUAAAAGCUCUUUGCCAACGUCAACCGCUCUGAGAAAGUCAUAUGUUUCUAAUGAAUUUAUCUCAGUCUUAAAUGAGGUGGCCAAUAUGGAUGAAUCGAUUGAAUCCCAUGUCACUGUAGAAGCUAGAGCUAAUAAACAAGCAGAUGAAUUAUGUACUAUGCAAUCGUCUGGGAAGAGCAGCAUGGAUAAAGGAGAAGAUUUGGCAAAUUCACAUCCAUUGGAUGAAAAGUUAGCUCAAAGUAAAGAAAAUCAACUGGGACAGUCUGAAAAGUUUGAAAAAUAUCCUAAAAAUGAUUGGCAGUCAGUAGAGAACCAAGCUAGACAUGUGUCAGUGCAGAUUCUUGAUGGGAGCUUAGGAAUGGCUGCUCCAAAGGUUUCUCAUAGUGAGUCAUGCCAGGAACCGGUGUUCUAUAAAAUGGUUGGGGUCGAACCAAAGACAUCGACAAAUCCAUCAACAUCUGGCACAUCUGAGCAGUAUGUUGGUGCGGCAAGGUUUUCCAUUAAUCAACCAUUUGCUGGGUAUCAUCCCAUUUUCACUCCAGUCCAGAAUCAAGAUAAUUAUCAGUCAGUUCUCCACGGUCCAUCUACGUUUUCAAAUCUUAUUGUAUCUGCUUUGUUACAGAAUCCAGCAGCCCAUGCUGCAGCGAGCUUUGCUGCUAGUUUCUGGCCUAGCUUAAAUGUCGAUGCCCCUGCAGAAUCCCCAGCAGGAACCCCAGCAGGAGGCUAUACAACCGGGCAGAUUAAUGGAGCUCCGAGUAUUGCUGCAAUUGCAGCUGCAACAGUGGCUGCUGCAACUGCAUGGUGGGCGUCCAACGGGCUUUUGCCACUUUGUGCUCCAUUUCACUUGGGUUUUAACUAUGUGCCUGCAUCAACUUCAACAGUUCCACCAGGUAUCAACCAAGAAACAGCUGAUACCAGCAUUGAUAUAAGAGGAGAAAACAUUGAUCCUGCUUUAGAAUCUCAGCAUGAGAAAUCAGAAUUUUUUAAGGCUCAACUUCAAGAGCAGCACUCGACUUCAAAAUCACCAAGUCUGCCAUUAUCAGAUCGCGGGGAAGACAAGGAUCUUAAAUCAAGUAAUGGAGCAACUCCUAAAAAAACUGAACAAGCCACAGCAGGAACAGCUGAGGUACAGGAUGCAAACAAGGCCAAGGGCAGGAAACAGAUUGACCGCUCUUCAUGUGGAUCAAAUACACCUUCAAGCAGUGAGGUGGAGACAGAUCCUUUGGAGAAGCACGGGGAAAGUGGCAAGGAAGAGUGUAGAGAAGGUGCAGUAAAUCUACCAAGUUGUGAUCCCAGUGGUCGACGAAGUAGGAGCUCCAGCAGCACGAGCGAGUCAUGGAAGGAGGUUUCUGAAGAGGGGCGUCUGGCUUUUCAGGCUCUCUUCUCCAGAGAAGUACUGCCACAAAGCUUUUCUCCACCACAUGGAUCGAACAAUAAAGGAAUGACAGAUGACGGUAGUAAACAGAAUGGAGAUGUAGAAGGUGACGAGGAGACAACUCAGCAGCGAGAUAUCAUGAUUCAAGAAGAAGUGGGAAGUGAUACGGUGGGAAUAAGAAGUUUAAACAUGAAAGAAGAGGGACAACUGAGCAUGGGAAAACUGAAAUCAAGACGGACAGGGUUCAAACCGUACAAGAGGUGCUCAGUAGAGGCCAAGGAGAGCUGCAGGUUGGUGAUCAGUGCUGGAGGUAACGAAGAAGAAGAGAAAGGUACAAAGAGAAUACGGUUGGAUGGGGAGGCUUUUUACCCACUGAACCAACCAUUAUGAAAUCAUCAGCCAUCAUACCUUUUAAGUCAAUUUUAUCGACUUUGAUUAUUAUCCUAUCAAUUAGAGUUUGUUUAUUCAUGAGAGCUAAACUCAGCAAAUACAUUUGUAUCUCCUUUGAAUGCAAUUUCAUGAUAACUGUAACUGAGGAAGGGACCUUCUUCUGGCCGCUUCAGUAUGCUUUCGUUAAUUAUGGGCAUGUUUGACUGCUGUUCAUAUUAUUUUACUGUUAUUUUUGUUAACUUGUAUGUUUAAGAAUACAGGUCAAAGUUUAGGGUUGAUUAAUUACAAGUUUUCUUUUUCUGUUUUUUGUGAAGAAAAAUAGAAUUCAGGAAAGCCUUGGUAAAAAAAGGGGGGAUAAUUGGAAAGGCGGUUAAGUGUGGGCAGUCUUUAUUGUGGGGAAUCUCUUGGUUUGUAUAUGCCUUCCGUCAUAAAAAAUAGGCUAUAUUUGAGAUUUGUAAGAGGAAGUAUGAUGCCACAUGUGUUUAUUUGUCAAAAAUUAUAAAAUAAAGAAUAGUUUAAAUUGACAAUACCACCUUUAUAAUUCCGAAUAUGUGUCCUCUUUAGAUUUGGAGUUGUUUGAUUAUUA